AUGGUCCUAGAGGCGGUGUCUCUCAUCGCUGGCUUCAAAUUGACUCUCGCUGAGAUCAGGAAACCUAUCAUCCCUCCCUCUGCCUACGCGCGCGUACCCAAGAGGCCUAUCCCCACAAGACGAUGCCUCAACACGAGCGGAAAACUAAACAACCCCGGAACGUACAUCCACCCCUCGUGUCUCAAGCCCGUACACCGCCUCCCAAACGAGCUCCUCUGCGCAAUCUUCGACAUCUACUGCGCAGAGUCAGCCUUGCCCAAGGACGCGUCGGCGAUUGUGCUGAGCCACGUUUGCCGAAGGUGGCGCGAAAUCAUCCUGCAGACCUCCGAAUUCUGGACGAACAUCGUCGUGCGGCGCGUGACCGAACACACUUCGGAUCGACUCCAGGCGUAUCUCAGCCGCUCGCGCACACGCGGAGAUCCUCACAUGCAGCCGCUGACGCUGGAUAUCGACCCGAAUCAAGAGACGACGCUGCUGGACGCGAUACUGAAGUCCGUGUUGCGCGAUAUCGGGCGCUGCAAGCACCUCAAGAUCUCGACGGACUUGCCUCGGAUCGACGCCUUCCUCGACCGUCUCCCGGCUUCGGGGGGCAUGACUCUGCUGACAUCCCUGGACUUCAAGGCAUACAUGUGGCGCUUCCCAGAAGGAAUCCCGUGGGCUCGGCUCACUAGCCUCUCCCUGGAUUGUCCAAUGACAGGCGACUGUAUCCUAGAACUCCUGCCCCGCUGCCCAGGCCUGGUGUCGCUGAACCUCAAAAAGGUAGUGGACACCCCUAUUACUCCGCCGCCCUAUGAAGAGGAAGGCGUCUCUUGGGUCGUCGUCUUAGCGGACCUCAAGACGCUCUCAAUAACUAGCGAUGACGCCCCAAAUGCCUUGUACGAACGCCUGUGCUGUCCGGCACUGCAGAACAUAGCACUCACCAAUAUAUCGUUCUCCAUGGCACCCAUCGAACCGACCAUUAUAGACGCGUUCCUUCGUCGUUCAGAGUGCAACCUCUUGUCCUUCACCCUUUCCGAUCCCGAGGCAGUGGAUGACCACAUUGUGCAAUGGCUCCGUCUGCCUUCUCUUCAAUCCAUCACCCACCUCACCCUCCAAAGCCCCUCCAUUUCUGCCCCCAUCCUCGACACACUCGCCGCAACCCCGACACCGCAUCAGCCCGUCCCACUCCCCAGCCUCACGGACCUCGAGGUCGCCAAGUGUGUCGCUGGUGAUUCGCACUUACUCGACAUGGUCGCCUCGCGCCUGGGAAGUGCUGACAGGACCGUAUCCAACUUGCGGAAUCUCAAGGCGACGGUGGACAGAGGCGUUGACCGUCAGCCGGCCGAUUUCACCACCCUGCGCAAGGCUGGCGUGAACGUCGAUGUGAGCUACGCUGAUCUGGCGGGGCAGAUCGAUUUCCUUGGUUUCAAUGCUUUGUCGUUUGAUUAG